AUGACAAUAUCAGUCAAUCCGAACCUCACCUUUAUUCCUAUUGGCUCUAAAGUCACCUUGACCUGCAGGCACAAACUCACGAGCGAUUGUUAUUGGUCGACUGAGUUUGAUCUAAUUGUUGGUGGGCGGAGAUUUAUAAUUGAAUCGGCCAAUGAGAGAGCAUCUGGCAUUUACACGUGCGUCUGUAAUGAUGGCAGCCAAUCGCAUCAGUCCUACUCACUGAAAGUUCAAGGAAAGCCUAGAGCAAUUAUUCCGACAAGCAAUAUUCACAGUGGCAAGAGAAACAGCAACAACAACAACAACAACAUUAAUAACAACAAUAACAACAAAAAUAAUAAUUUUAGUUACGGUUAUAUAAACGAUCUCUACAUUAAUACAAAAAAUAACAGCAUCAACAACAACAACAUCAACAACAACAUCAACAACAACAUCAACAACAACAUCAACAACAACAUCAACAACAACAUCAACAACAACAUCAACAACAACAUCAUCAACAACAACACCAGUGACUCAUACAACAGAGUGAUAUACUUCGAGCCAAUCACGGACCACGUAGCCACUAUCACGUGCCGUUUCAGGGGCUACCCCGAGCACGUUGAUUGGCUCAAAAAUGGGGUCAAGCUAAGCAACCAACCAAUCACAACGUCGGUAUACAAUCGAGUUACAACAGCUGCUACAACAGCUGUCAAUACCAUAAAUAAUAAACCACAUUUGUUGGAAAUGAUAAAUGAAGGUGUUGGUUUACAUGCUUCUGAGAGCAAUUCAUCUUCAUCAUCGUCAUCAUCAUCGGUAUCUCACAUUUCUUUCCUGAACGCAUCAACAUCAAGAGAAUCAUCAUUUAUAAACUCAUCGGCAGAAUUUCACGACAAAUCAAAAAACAAAAUGCGCAAUAACAACCACAACAACAACCUCAACAGCAACAACCACAACCACAACAACAACAACAAAUAUUCGACCUUGACAUACAUCGACGACCAUACCGGCGUGACGUCAUACGAGCUAAAUAUAGAAUCUUUGAUUGCUGAUGAUGUAGCGCUUUACAGGUGCGAAGCCUCAAAUAAAUAUGGCAAGCAGCAUUUAGACAUCUGGUUAGCACCCGAAAAGAACCUUAACUUAGUUCAAGGGUACCACAUCACUCUAACUUCAUCGUCGUCGCGAUAUGAAUCUAAUCCUGAUUACGAUGAUGACGAGUAUGAUGAUAAUUAUGACGAUGGCGACUAUUAUAUAGCACGGCAAGAAGGAAGUUUUUAUCUGAGUGAACUACUACCAGCCAGCAGCUUAAAUUACAUCGUAAAAUGUCCGCCAAUGAGGGGCGUCCUUUCAAUUGCCCUUCAAUCUUUCAACCAAUUGCAGAGAAGCCUGCCCAGGUCCUCACGCUUCAAUGACGCGUCGCCAGAUAAACCAGCUAAUCAGCUUCAAGUAUCAGCCCAUCUAGUCAACGAAUCAGCGAUCAAGAUUAAAAUGGCGCCUAGAGCUCAUGAAUAUUUAAUGAGGUCACUAGUUCACGAUGCUAUCUAUAGCAUCAGGGUUGCCAUGGUGAUUGGUGAAGGAAGUUAUGAUGAUGGUGGUGAUAGUAGUGGUGAUGACGUUGGCGAUGGUGAUAGUAAUAGUUAUGAAAUGGCCUCGUCUCAAAUCGUCAGUGUGCUUGUUGGGAACGCGCGCUAUCAAAGAGGUAUUAAAAAAUUACACCAGAAGUACCCGUUUAAUUUUGACAGUAAUAACUUGGAUGACGUCACGUUUUUACGGACCAAUCAGAUUGAUGGAAUUUCUUAA